AAAGACAUCGUAUCGUAUACAUAAUAAUAUUUGGAAUGUGAAAAGAUUAAGGAAUUAAAUCUAGAUGAAUCCAAGAAAAUUGGUUACACGUACAAAACUAUGGGAGCAGGAUUUUGGGCACUGAAGCAGAGCGAUUUCCGGAAGGCAAUCACUAAAGUCAUGCUGCAGGGUGGCGAUGCAGAUACCAAUGCCUGUGUUGGAGGUGGUCUUUUGGGAUGUAAACUUGGAAUGUCUGCUUUACCAGAAUCAUGGGUAACAAAACUUUUACACAAGGACUGGUUGGAUAAUGAAUUUAAAAGAUAUUUUGAGUUAAUGAAAUGGGAAUGGAAUGAUAAACCUAAAGGAAAAUGAAGGAUUAUCCGAAGGACAAAAUGUAUUGAUCUCAAUAUCAAAAGAGGUUUAGCUUCAGUUGAAUGACUCAUAGUUACGUUGAGAUGAUGGACAGCAAUACAAGCGCUGUUCCUUUACUUUUCGUGUUUUCUUUUAUUCUACCUGGAAUAUUCUUCCUUUUCUAUUGGACUUAGAAAUACCAUGUGUUAUUUUUUAAAUAGGUAAAAAAUAAAUAAAGCCCAACAAGUAAGCAUAUGUAGAUAUACGAAGAUGUGGUAUGAGUGCCAAUGAGACAACUCUCCAUCCUAGUAAAAAUUUAUAGAAGUACUCCAUUAUAGGUCAAAGUACGGUCUUCAACAUAACUGUUUAUAUUGUUCUUGUCUUGUCUUGAAUACAACUUCUAUGUAAUUAUUAGGUGAUAUUCAAAAAAAAGUGCUGUUUAUCUCUCGAGUUAUGGUUCUUUGUUAUUAAUGUUGUAGUUGAAAAUAGGUUUUAAAUCUGUGUUUAGUGAAUGUAUAUAUCUGUCUCCCGUAGAAAAUGUUGAGCAUGAAACUUUUGUAUCUAUAUAUUCACUAUAAAUGACGUUAUUUAUUUUCAUUCAAGGUCUCUUGAUAUUUUAAUAGCAGGUGCUUCAACUGCCAGUUUGUAAUGUUUAUAUUGGCUUAUAAUAUGUGCCUACGUGCA